AUGUCAGCUCAAGGAUCCACCAAAGCAGAGCCCAAUGGCGACCCAGGACGGCCCCAAAAGGAGCUCUCGACGGGGCUGUGGCUGCUCAAGCAUACUCAAGGAAUCGUGACGACGGCAACGGCCAUCGGCAUCCUACAUCUGCGCACAAGUCAUGUGAUCUACUUCACAGUCGGUACGCUGGCCACCAGCUUCACGGCCAAGGGACUCAAGAGGGUGAUCAAGCAACCUCGACCACCAGGGUCCAAGGUCAAGAAGACGAGUGGGAUGCCCUCAACGCAUAGUUCGACCAUCUCGUUCAUGGGAACAUAUAUUCUGCUCUCGUCGCUGCUGCUACCUCUGCAUCCAUCGUUGCAUCUCGGCUCGGGUGCUGCAGCGCGAGACAACAUGGCUCACAUAUGGAUCGCACUGGUGGGUGUCGUAGCUCCUGUGCUGGUCAUGUGGUCGCGAGUGCAGCUUGGUGUCCAUACCCCUGCACAGACUCUGGUAGGCGCUGCUCUCGGUGUGGUCAAAGCCUGCCUCUGGUUCACGGCCUGGAACGGCACGCAGGUCGUAUUUGGUACCAGCCCGACCAUCGGCGAUGCUACGUCUGCGUCUGUCGCGCGCAACGGCCUGAGGACUAUCAUCGGCGCUCGAGUUGACCCUUUGAUAGCACAAACGGAAGCAAGAGUGCUCGGAGCCAUCGGCAGGUAG